UUUUAUAGCUUUUUUUUUUCUAUGUGCUCAUAUACGGCUUAAACUGCGUUAUGACAAUAUUGUUCUGGUCACGUCCAGAAGACAGCCCAGAAGUGACCACGAAUGAAUACUCCGAGAAUAGAGAUGCUCAUCUUGUCUUUGGCGACUCUAUCGACCACUUCUAUGCCUAUAAUCACGCUCCGCAACGUAAACAACAUGGUUUGACUGCUCCUUCGGAACAACAUCAUGACACGUCCAAGCGUCGACAGACCAAGAUGUUACUCGUUUCUCUGAUUGAAUCGUUUUGCCGUAUUUACGGUGAUUCACCCGAAGCGAACCGUCGAGUCUUUUUUCUUAUCUGUCAAACGUUGAGUUCACUUGGCAUCAUUGACACUGAGUUUGUCGAUGAAAUGACUAGUGUUCGAUCGACUUUCCACAAAGCAUUCCAAAAACUAUUCCACACGGCCGUGCAGACAGUGCGAAAGCAGGAGUUUCGUCUUGAAAAUCAGCAGAGAAUGAUAGCUUUCGAGAGUAGUACGAGUCACCGGAGUGAUAUUUCUUCAUCGUCCGAUUUAUUUGGUUUCCAGCCAAGCAGAGAACACUCGCAUGAUCAUGCUGCGUCCGAUUUAUUUUUCAAUCUCAAUAUCCAGAAUUCGCGUUAUCGCAAUGAUUUCGUGCAAAUUAGCAUGCUUGGCAAAGGCGGGUUUGCCAGUGCCUGGCGCGCUCGGAACAAGUUGGACGAUAUCGAAUACGCUGUCAAGAAAAUUCGUCUUGGCAAGGACCUUGAAGCCGAUGGCACUAGCCCGUAUGAGAAAAUCUUUCGAGAAAUCAAAAAUCUGGCCCGCUUAGAACAUCACAAUGUCGUACGAUAUUACUCUUCGUGGCUGGAAUAUGCCGCCGAUGACCAUUUCAGUGAAGUGGAAGAUGAUUUGUGGGAUCACGACGAAUCCAGUUCCUACUCUGUCUUGUCCUCGUCUUCUCACGAUACCGUGUUCAAUGGUCAGGAUCCCACCUUUGACGCCUCCACACCCAGCUUUUCUUCGGUGGGUCCCUCCUACGAAGAAUUAUCUCGCAUUGAUUUUGUCGACGACGAUGGUAUCCGAAGCCCCUACAAAGAAGAUUCCACAUCCGCUUGCAAUAUUCCUCAUGCGUCUUCCAAUCCUUGUUCCCGUCAACGCGCACGCUCCGGCUCUUCUGCGUCGCGAAAAUCCCACAAGUCCACCCACGAAGAAGACCGUGGUAACGGCUGGACCUUGUUCAUCCAGAUGCAGCUUUGCCCUUCAACGCUUCAUGAUUACAUCAAGUUUCGCAACCGCCGAUGUAUUGAAACGGACAAUUUAGAAGUGAAUCGUACGCGGAUCAUUGAGAUUUUCUCACAGAUCCUCGAAGGUGCCGCGUACAUUCAUGAACAGGGCUUAAUUCAUCGUGAUUUAAAACCGAGCAACAUCUUUCUUGGCAUGCCAACAUCCAGCGAAAGCCGGCGUCACCAUCACCGUCGUUCCAGCAGCGGUAAUCAUGAUCACGGGUUUUCGUAUGAUUCAGUCCUUUCGGUGAAUGGACUCAGAGAAUGUAUGUGGGAAGAAGCCUGGGUGCCCAAGAUUGGCGAUUUCGGUCUAGCCGCGGCGGCCGUCUACGAUACGCAUGAUCCCGUGCUCUUGCCAUCUUCUGUCAGUACCGCGGAUAGCGAAUUCUCGACAUCAGUUGAAACCCCGCGAGCCAGUGCGGAUCCAUGUUUGAAUGAUGGAAGUUUCCCGAAGCGACCCAAACUUCACCGCACACGCACAAGUAACGUGGGCACACGUACCUACGCUUCUCCCGAGCAACUAGCCAAUCCUCCUCAGGCGUACUGCGAAAAGACAGACAUUUACUCUUUGGGUAUCAUUUUCUUUGAACUGUAUCAACCGUUUGCAACCGCCAUGGAACGUGCGGAAGCCAUUGAUCAUCUCAAGAGAGGCGUCUUUCCCGAAGGAUUCGUUGAGCGAUAUCCCAAAGAGUCGGCGCUAAUUUUAUGGAUGAUGGAUGAGAAUCCGGCCCAUCGACCUUCGGCUGUGCAGCUCCUCGAAUUUGAAUUAUUUGCUCCGCCCAUGGAUAUGUACAGCAACUUGCAAGCGCAACUGCAAGCGAAAUCAAUUGCUCUGGAUACGAAAACGCGCGAAAUGGCCGCUUUACGUAAUGAAAUGCAGCGUGCUGAACGUGAGAAGCAGCGCGAAAUGGAUGCGAUGCGCCAACGUCUGGAAGAACUGCAACGUCAAUUGGAUGGUCUACACGUUCACGAUGAGAAGAAACGACAUCACGAGAACGAUGCCAGUGAUACGCAACCGGAAAUCAAAAGACUCGACAAAGGCGCUGAACUGAACAACCAUCUACGAAAGUUUCUUCAACCUCCUAUUUCCACCACCUAAACUCGUCUCCCCCAAUCCUCCUUGUUCCUCUAUCUACCGCUUUUGUUCUUCGUUUUUUUUUAUAUAUCUUCACGCAAUCUCUAACAAAACCCAUCAUUUUGUAUAUACUUUAUUCAAUCAACAAAACAAAAAAUACCCCCCCCCUCAAGUUCUCCUUUUUUUUCUUUCUUUUUGUUCUUUGUUCUUCCGUUAUGAUAUUUGAUUGCUCAGAAAAAGUUUCGUUCAAAUCACGCAAUCAUUGUCAACAAUAAAACUAAAAAAGCACUCAUCUUUUUCAAUUCA